AGCUGGGAGUCGCCAUCCCCAAGUCUGGUGGGGACUAUGCCUAUGUCACUGAGAUCUUCGGGGGCCUGGCUGGCUUCCUGCUGCUCUGGAGCGCAGUCCUCAUCAUGUACCCAACCAGCCUGGCUGUCAUCUCCAUGACCUUCUCCAACUACGUGCUACAGCCUGUGUUCCCCAACUGCAUCCCCCCAGCCGCCGCCUCCCGCGCACUCUCCAUGGCCUGCCUGAUGCUCCUGACCUGGGUGAACAGCUCCAGCGUGCGCUGGGCCACACGCAUCCAGGACAUCUUCACCGGCGGGAAGCUGCUGGCCCUAUCCCUCAUCAUUGGCGUGGGCUUUGUCCAGAUCUUCCAAGGACACUUCGAGGAGCUGAGGCCCAGCAAUGCCUUUGACUUCUGGAUGACGCCCUCUGUGGGUCACCUGGCCCUGGCCUUCCUCCAGGGCUCCUUUGCGUUCAGCGGCUGGAACUUCCUCAACUACGUCACUGAGGAGCUGGUUGACCCUCGAAAGAACCUACCCCGUGCCAUUGUCAUCUCCAUCCCGCUGGUGACCUUUGUGUACACCUUCACCAACAUUGCCUACUUCACUGCCAUGUCCCCCCAGGAGCUGCUGGUCUCUAACGCGGUGGCCGUGACCUUCGGGGAGAAGCUGCUGGGCUACUUUUCUUGGGUCAUGCCCGUCUCCGUGGCACUUUCCACUUUUGGAGGGAUCAAUGGCUACCUGUUCACCUCCUCCAGACUGUGCUUCUCGGGGGCCCGAGAGGGGCACCUGCCCAGCCUGCUGGCCAUGAUCCAUGUCCGACACUGCACCCCCAUCCCUGCCCUCCUCGUCUGUGUAAGUUGUGGGGUCACGGCUGGCCGGGAGGGGAGCCGGGGCCACCCAGCAAUGUGGGGAAUGGUGGGGAUUUGUCUCGGCCCUAGGGGGCAGCCCACAGAGGCAGCGGGGAGGGCCGGGGCUGAUGGAGGCAGGUGGGAGGCCACACUCAGCCCGGUCCUCUCCCAGUGCGGGGCCACAGCGGUCAUCAUGCUUGUGGGAGACACGUACACGCUCAUCAACUACGUGUCCUUCAUCAACUACCUCUGCUACGGCGUCACCAUCCUGGGCCUUCUCGUGCUGCGCUGGAGGCGGCCGGCGUUGCACAGGCCCAUCAAGGUGAACCUCCUGGUCCCCGUGGCGUACUUGGUUUUCUGGGCAUUCCUGCUGGUCUUCAGCUUCAUCUCAGAGCCCAUGGUGUGUGGGGUCGGCGUGAUCAUCAUCCUCACAGGGGUGCCUGUUUUCUUCCUGGGGGUGUUCUGGAAAAGCAAACCAAAGUGUGUGCACAGACUCACAGGUGAGCCGGGCAGCCUCCCCAUGGCGGUGGGAGCCAGGGAUGCGACCCUCUUAGGGGCUGGCCCUGGAGCAGGCCCCCCCUCCAGCAGCUGCGGUGGUAACAGGAUCCAGCUGCCACCGGAAGUCUCCCCAAGAGGUGACCCCAGAGUCCAGGAUCCGCCUGAUGGGAGCAGCUCCCUGAAGACCCCUGCCCCACAGAGUCAGACCCAAGGUCUAUCUGUUUGUCCAUCUGUCCUCAGAGUCCAUGACACGCUGGGGCCAGGAGCUGUGUUUCGUGGUCUACCCCCAGGGUGCCCCCGAGGAGGAGGAAAAUGGCCCCUGCCAGCCGCCCCCACUGCCCGCCACGGACAAGCCUUUGAAGACACAGUGAGACAUUCGUGGAGCCCGAAGCAGCUGUUUCUGUUUACAUGUUGUUUAUUGAGGAAGUGUUUUUGCAAAAUAAUUUUUUUUUUUUUUGGAUUUUUGUUUUGUUCUGUUUUGUUUUGUCCUGGAAAAAAAAAAGAGAGAGAGAUCCAACACUUGGAGGCCGAGGCUGAGGGAGCCCUGCAGAUGUGCGCUGGGCUCCCUGUCGGCCCUGCCCCACUGGCUUCUCCUGCAAAGGUCUAUGAAUAAAACAGGGCUGGUGGGUGGU